UCAUAGGACUUGUCUUACAAUGUAAGGAAGGAAGCAAAGUUUAAAGGGAUUAGUGUGUGUGUAAGAAAAUGGUGAAAAUGUUCCGAGUGCCGGCUCUUGUUUUUCUGCUGUUUUUGGGAGGAAUCGCUGCUUCCCCCACAGGAAAAGAUGUCCUAGUUCUUCUGGACAAUCUUGCGGUGAAAGAGACCCAUUCAAUUUUCUUCAAAGAUCUCAUUGACCGGGGCUACAAACUUACGUACAAACUAGCUGAUGAUGCUAAUCUCGUGAUUGCCAAGUACGGAGAGUAUCUCUAUAAGCACAUCAUCAUAUUUGCUCCAUCAGUUGAGGAAUUCGGUGGGGAUUUGAGUGUCCCCAAGAUUGCGGAGUUUAUCGAUGACGGAGGAAAUGUUCUCAUUGCUGGUGGCUCAGAAUCCGGAGAUGCUAUCCGGGAGUUGGCAUCGGAAUGUGGCUUUGAAUUGGAUGAGGAAGGUGCAUCAGUGAUUGAUCAUUUGAACUAUGAUGCUGCUGAUCCCGGGGAUCAUACACUAAUCGUUGCAUCUCCAUCCAAUCUCAUUGAUGCUCCUGUCAUUGUGGGGCCACGUACGGGAUCGCCUCUCUUGUACAAGGGAACAGGACUCAUUGCUGAUCGUGAGAAUCCUCUGAUUUUGCAACUUCUCACUGCUGACAGUACCGCAUACAGCUACAUUCCAACUAGCCCCAUUAAGGAAUAUCCUCACGCCAUUGGAAAGGGAACACUCCUCAUUGCAGCUCUGCAGGCACGGAACAAUGCUCGUGUUGUUUUCUCUGGAUCUCUGUACUUUUUCUCCGAUGAAGCCUUCACAGCUUCCGUCCAGAAGGCAAUUGGCGGAAAACUCAAUCCUAAAUCUGGGAAUCAGGAUGUAGUCACAACAAUCAGCAAGUGGGUAUUUGGUGAGACAGGACGUCUUCGGGUGUCUUCAGUGUCACACGCCAAGGAUGGCGAAACCAGUCCACCUGCUUCAUACACAAUUCUCGAACCAGUCGUUUAUACCAUUAAAAUUGAGAAAAUCAAUGAUGGCUCAUGGGAACCCUUUGUGGCCAAGGAUAUUCAGUUGGAAUUUGUUCGAAUUGAUCCAUUUGUGCGCACCACACUGAAGCAAGUGAAACCCGGAGAGUAUCAGGCCAAGUUCAAGAUCCCAGACGUCUAUGGAGUUUACCAGUUCAAGGUGGAUUACAACAGAGUGGGCUACACGCAUCUCUACAGCACCACACAAGUCUCAGUUCGUCCUCUGCAGCACACAGAGUACGAAAGAUUCAUUCCCAGCGCCUAUCCAUACUACAUCAGCUCAUUUUCCAUGAUGGUUGGUGUGUGGAUCUUUGCCCUGGUGUUCCUGCACUACAGAGAAGAUACUCCUCCUACUAAGAAGUCAGAUGAUAAGAAAACUAACUGAUUAAAAAUAAAUUGUCAUUUUGUCGAAAGAAUUGGUAAGAGAAAGAAAUAAACGUCUCUAAAUGAAUUAAAAA